AUGGAUGUGAGGUUCUACCCCGCGGCGGCCGGGGACCCCGCCGGCCUGGACUUCGCGCAGUGUCUGGGGUACUACGGCUACAGCAAGUUUGGGAGUAACAAUAAUUACAUGAACAUGGCUGAGGCAAACAAUGCUUUCUUUGCAGCCAGUGAGCAGACAUUUCAUACGCCAAGCCUCGGGGAUGAGGAGUUUGAAAUCCCCCCUAUCACGCCUCCUCCAGAGUCAGACCCUGCCCUGGGCAUGCCCGAUGUUCUUCUACCCUUUCAAGGCCUCAGCGAUCCAUUGCCUUCCCAGGGAAGUGAAUUCACACCCCAGUUUCCCCCUCAAAGCCUGGAUCUUCCUUCCAUUACAAUCUCAAGAAAUCUUGUGGAACAAGAUGGCGUGCUUCAUAGCAGUGGGUUACAUAUGGACCAGAGCCACACACAAGUGCCCCAAUACCGUCAGGAUCACUCCUUGAUCAUGAGGUCCAUCGUCCACAUGACUGAUGCUGCUCGCUCUGGGAUCAUGCCUCCCACUCAGCUCACCACCAUCAACCAGUCUCAGCUCAGCGCCCAGUUGGGGUUGAAUUUGGGAGGCGCCAGUUUGCCACACACGUCUCCUUCGCCUCCAGCAAGCAAAUCCGCGACCCCUUCCCCUUCCAGUUCCAUCAAUGAAGAGGAUGCCGAUGAAUCCAACAGAGCCAUUGGAGAGAAAAGAGCUGCUCCAGAUUCUGGCAAGAAGCCCAAGACUCCAAAGAAAAAGAAAAAGAAAGACCCCAACGAGCCGCAGAAACCAGUAUCAGCAUAUGCCCUGUUUUUCAGGGACACACAGGCUGCCAUUAAAGGGCAAAACCCCAAUGCCACCUUUGGAGAGGUCUCAAAAAUUGUGGCAUCUAUGUGGGACAGCCUUGGAGAAGAACAAAAGCAGGUGUAUAAAAGGAAAACAGAAGCUGCCAAAAAGGAAUACCUAAAGGCCUUGGCUGCAUACCGGGCCAGCCUCGUUUCUAAGGCUGCUGCUGAAUCAGCAGAAGCCCAGACCAUCCGCUCUGUUCAGCAGACCCUGGCGUCCACCAAUCUGACAUCCUCGCUCCUUCUCAACCCUCCGCUGUCGCAACACGCAAGCGUGUCAGCCGCCCCUCAGACUCUCCAACAGUCGCUCCCUCGGUCGAUCGCCCCCAAACCCCUAACCAUGAGACUUCCCAUGAACCAGAUUGUCACAUCGGUCACCAUCGCAGCCAACAUGCCAUCGAACAUUGGGGCCCCACUGAUAAGCGCCAUGGGAACGACCCUGGUGGGCUCGGCAUCGUCCACCCAAGUGAGCCCUUCCGUGCAGACCCAGCAGCAGCAGCAGAUGCAGCAGCAGAUGCAGCAGAUGCAGCAGCAGCAGCUGCAGCAGCACCAAAUGCAUCAGCAGAUCCAGCAGCAGAUGCAGCAGCAGCAUUUCCAGCACCACAUGCAGCAGCACCUGCAGCAGCAGCAGCACCUGCAGCAGCAGAUCAGCCAGCAGCAGCUGCAGCAGCAGCUGCAGCAGCACAUCCAGCUGCAGCAGCUGCAGCACAUGCAGCACCCGUCCCAGCCUUCCCCGCGGCAGCACUCUCCCGCCGCCUCCCAGAUGACGUCGCCCCUCCCCGCCAUCGGGAGCCCCCAGCCGGCCUCCCAGCAGCACCAGUCGCAAGUACAGGCUCAGACACAGACUCAAGUACUGUCGCAGGUCAGUAUUUUCUGA